AGUGGUCUCUUCACAGAGAGAUGUAAAUAUCACAAUCAACCAUUGAAUUAUUUUCCUUGCAUUUUCUUUUACUUCGUUUUGAGUUUAUUUAUCUACGACUAGAUUAUCUAAUGAGUCGUUAUAUUUCAUAACAAAAGACAGAGAUUUGGCUGUUAAUUCUUGCAGUUAUCCGUCGUGCUCCAUUACAACUCAAAAGUCAAAGAAUGUCAAUUUCACCAGGAUCUCUGCUACCAGUCAUCUAUGGAUCUUCUGUAGUUUUAGCCUACAUAGCUUCCUUUAAUUGUAUUUACAUUUCUUAAUGUAAAAAUAGAAACCCUUUUAUCUUUCAACAGUCUGUGUGCCACUGCAUAAGGCCCCAAUCAACCUCAGAAUUCUAGUGGUAAGGAGAAAAUACAGCAACAUUGCAUAUUUUCUACACAUGUAAAUAGAGUUUCAGGAUAUCCAAGAGAAGAAGCUAAAACAUUUUAGGUUAUACUCAGAGACAUUUUUUCAACUUUUAAGAAUUUCUUAAGAAUUAAUAUGGAGGACGUUAAUCGUUCGGAUACAUCCAACACAACUCUUCUUAACAACAAAGGUUCAGUUACACAGACAUUCAGUGGAGAGAAAGCUUUACCUAUCGGGACAUUGACAAUACAACAAUUAUUACAAAGGAACAUUCCUGAAUAUCGCUGUGAGAUUUGUAGGGAAACUUUCCCUUCAGAAUAUGAUGUCAUUACACACAAGCAAAUACACAGUAGGAAAAAACCGUAUUGUUGCGAAGUCUGUGGCAAAUAUUUUGUAUCUAACAGUAAAUUAACCAGACACAAACGACAACAUACUGGGGAAAGGCCCUAUCAUUGUGAAAUUUGUGCAAAGUCGUUUGUUGAUAACGGAGGUUUAAACAGGCACAAAAGGAUCCAUGCUGAGGACAAACAUUAUCGUUGUGAAGUGUGUGAGAAAUCUUUUGUUUAUAACAGUGACUUAACAAAACACAAACGUAGUCACACCGGAGAAAAACCGUUUCACUGUGAAAUUUGUGGCAAAUCAUUCUCUGAUAAUUCGAGUCUUGUCAUUCAUGUCCGGUGCCACACCGGAGAGAAACCGUUCCACUGUGAAAUAUGCGGCAAGUGUUUCAGUGAAAAUUCUAAGCUUACAAUCCACAUUCGUAGUCAUACGGGAGAAAAACCAUUUCCUUGCGAAAUCUGUGGCAAGUCUUUCUCUGUUAAUUCUCAUCUUGUAGUCCACCGGAAAAUUCACACUGGGGAAAAACCGUAUCUCUGUGAGUAUUGUGGGAAAUCCUUUAUCACGAACAGUCACUUAAAAACUCACAAAUUAAAACACACAGGGGGGAAACCAUUGAAACGUGAAGUGUGAGAACAUUUAAUCAAGGUGGAAUGGGUCAGAAUUCAUUCUCUUUCAACUUUCAUCUUGGAGUCUAUAAAUUUGCUUCUUGUUUCAGAGGAGCCCUUUCACUACAAUAUGAAAAUUUCUUAAUUGUGAAUUAUAAACUUGGGUUGAUAAAUAAGUAUAAACUGAAUG